AUGCAACCGAUUCAAAUUGUGCUGCAAAAUCUAGAACUAGAGAAAGAUGAAAGGAUGAAUAGAGAAAGUCAAACGUAUGUGGAUACAUAUAGUUUGCAAGAACCAGAUACCUCCGACGAAAAUAAGGAGACGGAAAGCUCAACAAAGAAUAAUGAAAGCGAAAAUGGGAAUAAUUCGAACGAAACAGAUACCACCAACGAAGAUAAGAUGACGGAUACCUUGGAAUCUGAGAAGAAUGAAAGCCAAAGUGGAAAUAAUUCACAGGAAGAUAAUUCCCAGAAAACAGAUGGAACCGAUGAAGAAAAGGAGACAGARAACUCGGCGGAAAAGAAUGGAAGCGGAAGUAAGGAAGGCGAAGUUUCUAUGGAGACGGCUAAUACGCAGAAGUCAGAUAAUUCACAGGAAGAUAAUUCCCAGAAAACAGAUGUAACCGAUGAAGAAAAGGAGACAGAAAACUCGGCGGAAAAGAAUGGAAGCGGAAGAAUUUUCAGGAAGUUUGAAAUUCGCACACAAGAGCGUGUAAAUGAUCAGAAUGACGAGCUGAAUCGAUUUUGCGAAUCCUUCUAG